UCGAUCAAAUGAUCGCAUUAAAUGGGUUUUUAAAAUUAGACCCACAGCUAUUGUCUGGCAAAUUCAGUGCAUCAUUUACCUUCAAGACAGCUCAAAAACGUUGGGAGGAAAUCGCGAACGCACUAAAUGCUAUGCCCGGUGCAGUUAAGGAUUGGAAAAAAUGGCGCAAAACCUUUCAGGAUAACCGUACUAAAACCAAAACAAAAAAGUCAGCUAUCUUAGCUGCACAAAGGAGUACGGGAAAAAACACACCUAUCGUCCCAUUGACCACAUUAGAGAAUGAUACAUUAGAACUUAUAAAUUCAACCAGCAUAGAAGGUCACACAGGAUGUAUGGUAUCAAACGUAUCGUUUUCAUUUGAUAUCGAUGAUGAAGUAACAGAAGCACAAGAGUACAUUGAGGAUAGCACAAUAGUACUUACACCAUUAAUCAUAGAGAAACCCGUUAAUGAAGAUUUUAUUGCAAGUCCUCCAUUGUUCCCAUCACAAAUUACACCUUUAAACGACUCUUGUACACAGGUGAUUGAAGAAAGCAAUGGUAAUAAUGAAUCAAUUAAACAUGCGAUUAAACCAAAAAAAUCAUGUGCAGCCAGACGAUUGAUACAAGGGAAUGAAAGUACUGAAAAAUUAGUUGAUCUUGGUGAAAAAAAAAUCUUGUUGAAGAAAAGGUAUUAA